AUGACCAUGGACGCAAGGUGCCAUUCCUGUGGGCAGCGAAGGCAACAGGUUGAACAUGAUGUCGAACGGGCUGGGGACGACGGCGAGAUCGGUUUCGCACCUGAUACGCCGUUCAGUCACUUCCCUGAGAUGCACGAUGCCUUCUUCACCGACGACUUCCCUACUCCAUCUCUCGGAAACUUCUUCAGCCUCAGCAACAGCACCAUCGCCCUGGGUCAGUCCAGUCUGACACUCGCACUCACAGAGGAAGGUUUGUUGAAGGACGCGCCAGAGGAUGUGGAACAAGUGCAUGGACCGGCUCGCACGGUUCCAGUUGGGUUCUUCGACUCGAGACUUUCCAAGACACGGGUUGCUAUCUUCAAGAAGUGCUCGGCGAUUCUUGCUGUUCUCUGCGUCUUUGUGCUCACUGCCCUGUCGAUAUACUGGGGUGUUCUCUUUCGCAUCCGGGAAAAAAGCCACCUUGCCACCAUUGCCGUCGUCAAUUUCGACGCGAGCCUGCCCCCCUACGACAAUGUCGAGCCUAUCGUGGGGCUUUUCGUCGAGCAAGCCAUCAUGAAUGCGCUCGCCACGCAGCAAUACCCGCUGGGCUACAAGAUUUUGCCACCUGCACAGUUCAACAACGACCCGCUGGCGGUCCGUCUGGCCGUCCACAAGGAGCAGCACUGGGGCGCCAUCAUCGUGAACAACAACGCCACCGCCCUGUUGAGAGAAGCUGUCGAGAUUGGCAAUGCAUCCUAUGACCCGUUCGGCGCGGCCUCUGUCGUGAUCACCCAGGCCCGAAAUGCCGAUACCUACAAUCAGUACAUCACGCCGGUGCUGACUCAACUUGCUUCUGAUAUCAGCUUUUCCUGGGGCCGCGAGUGGACGUCUCGAGUCCUCACGAACACCUCACUAUCCCCAGUCAUCUACGCCAAUGCACCUCAGGUGUUGUCUCCAGGAAUAGGGUUCAGUAUGUUCAACCUUCGACCUUUUGGUCCGUCCACAGCCGUCCCCCCCGUCAGUAUGGGCCUGGUAUACCUCAUCAUCCUUGCAUUCUUCUCCUUCGGCUUCUUCACCCCGAUCCACAUGAGAUUCGUGGCCUCGACGCCGUCCGAUCCCCAUCCACCGCUCAAGUUCUCCCACCUGGUGGUGUGGCGUUACGUGGCCGCCAUAACGACCUACUUCUUCCUCUCCCUCUGCUACAGCCUCGUCAGCCUGGCCUUUCAGAUCCCCUUGUCGCGGGCGCCUCCCGCCGGCCUCGGGUCGUGGCCCAAGACCGACGUCGCCGACGGUGCGAACCAGUUCGGCCACGGCACGUUCCCGGUCUACUGGAUGCUCAACUUCUUCGGCAUGGGCGCGCUGGGCCUCGCGUGCGAGAACAUGGCCAUGAUCAUCGGCCAGCCGUGGACCGCCCUGUGGCUCGUCUUCUGGGUCGUCACCAACGUCUCGACGGCGUUUUACUCGGUCGAGCUGGCGCCCUCUUUUUACAGAUGGGGUUACGCUUGGCCGUUGAGGCAGAUCGUCUACGCGACCCGCACGUUGAUAUUCGGCACAAACUCGAGGCUGGCACUGAAUUUUGGCAUUCUGGGCGUAUGGAUGGUCUUGGGCACCAUUCUGUUUCCCUUCGCUUCUUGGUUCAUGAGGUGGAAGGGAAUGAGAGAGAAGAAGAAGAAGGCGGCGGCAAAGACGUGA